AGAAAAAGCAGUUUCUGUCUCCUCAGUCUCUCCGGCAUUCAUCAUCACCAAUAAUCUCCACCACCACCACCACUCCAUUAUAACACACACAAAAAUACUCUGUCUUUUCCCUCUCUCACUAAAUAUACCAACUGAACUUUAAAAACCUCAUUUCAAAUUCUAACACAAACCCAUUUUCUAUCUCCAAAAACCCACCAAAACCCAGUUUUCCAUUUUUCCAAAUUCAUCUUCAAAAUGUUUCCAAUCUUCGUUGAGGAAUUUCAUCAAACACCUUACUUACAUAUCUAAAUCUCACCAUUAAAACGUUCACAAAACAUACAAAAAUGUGGACUAACACGACGUCGUUUCACGUGUUCGUCGUCCUACUUUCACUUUUACUAAAAACAUCUUUCUUUACAGUAAAUUCAGCAAACAUAGCCUUAAACGACGACGUUUUAGGCUUAAUGGUAUUUAAAGCAGAUAUACAAGACCCAUUUUCCAAACUUUCAUCAUGGAAAGAAGAAGAUGACAGUCCUUGCAAAUGGGUCGGAGUUACUUGUGAUAAGUACUCGGGUCGGGUCACGGAGCUCCGUUUACCCGGUUUAUCACUUUCGGGUCAUAUAAGCAAAGGCUUAUUAAGGUUGCAAUAUUUGACAACACUUUCUCUUUCUAAAAACAAUUUUACUGGAUUUAUUGAUAAUCCAAUAAUAAUUCAAUUAUUUAAAAAUAAUUUACAAAUAAUUGAUUUAAGUGAAAACGGGUUUACCGGAUCCAUACCCGAAGACUUGUUUACACAAUGUGGGUCAAUUAGAUCCAUUUCAUUAAGUCACAAUAAGUUAACUGGUCAUGUCCCUGAUUCAAUUUCAUCAUGUUUGACUUUGACUAAUGUUGACUUUAAGUCAAACCAGUUAUCAGGUGAGUUGCCUAAAAGUAUUUGGUCUUUGACUUGUUUAAGGUCAAUUGAUUUAUCUGAUAAUUUCUUUGUUGGUGAAAUCCCUAGUGAAAAAAUAGAAACUUUAUUUGAUUUAAGAGUUUUUAAUUUAAGUUUAAAUAAUUUUAGUGGUGAAUUGCCUUAUAAGAUUGGUGAGUGUUUGUUGUUGAAAGUUGUUGAUGUUAGGGACAAUUAUUUAGUUGGAAAGAUACCUUUAAGUUUACAAAAACUUAGUUUAUGUAAUGUAGUUAGUUUAAGAGGUAAUUAUUUUGAUGGAGAGAUACCCGAAUGGAUCGGGAAUAUGAAGAGUUUGGAAACGUUGGAUGUGUCCGUAAAUAAUUUUACGGGGUUGGUUCCUAGCUCGUUGGGUGAGAUUGGGUCGUUGCAAAGUUUGAACCUUUCGUUGAAUCGGUUUAGUGGGAAUUUGCCUGCAACUUUAGGGAGUUGUGGUAAUCUUUCGGUUUUAGAUGUUAGUAGGAAUUUGUUUAGUGGGAGGUUACCUGUGUGGUUGUUUGGGUUGAGGUUGAAACAUGUUUUGCUUUCGGGCAAUCAGUUCAAUGGGGAUGUUGAGUUUGGUGGGAAUGAUGUUGUGGCGUUUGAGAGUCUUGAAACGUUGGAUUUGUCGUUGAAUUCGUUUUCUGGGAGCAUACCUUUGUCUAUAGGAAAUUUUAGUAGGUUGGUGGUCUUGAAUAUGUCUCGGAAUAGCUUGGUUGGUUCUGUUCCUGCCAGUCUGGGUGCUUUAAAAGGUGUAAAUGUUGUUGAUUUAAGCCAUAAUUGGCUUAAUGGAAGUAUUCCAAAUGAGAUUGGUGGAGCGGGUUUGUUGGAAGAAUUAAGGCUUGAAAGUAAUUUCUUUACUGGCUCGAUUCCAGACCAGAUCCAAAGCUGCUUGAUUCUAAACACUUUGAGCUUAUCUCAGAACAACAUUACUGGUAUGAUUCCAGCAGGUAUCGCGAACUUAACCGAUCUUGAAUAUGUUGAUUUAUCAUUCAAUCACCUCUCUGGGAGCCUACCGAAAGAACUAACAAACCUAUCGAAUCUCGUUACAUUUAAUGUCUCCCAUAACGACCUUGAAGGCGAACUUCCUCUUGGAGGUUUCUUCAACACCAUACCACUUUCAUCAGUAUAUGCUAACCCAUCUUUAUGCGGGUCAAUAGUAAACCAAUCAUGUCCUGGAGCACACCCGAAGCCAAUAGUCUUGAACCCAAACCCAUCUCAUUCAGACCAUGGGGCGUCAUCUUUGAACAUGAGUCACAAAAGAAUCAUACUUAGCAUCUCAGCUAUCAUAGCCAUCGGUGCAGCUGUGUUCAUAGCUUUGGGGGUGAUUGUCGUCACAAUUCUUAACCUCCAUGUUAGGAACUCGAUGUCCCGGUCUGCUGCAGUAGCCCUCACGUUUUCUGGUGGAGAUGAUUUUAGUCAUACCCGCUCACCAAGCUCCGACUAUGGAAAACUAGUGAUGUUUACGGGUGAUGCAGAGUUUGCUUCUGGGACCCAUGCUUUACUUAACAAAGAGUGUGAGCUUGGGCGUGGCGGGUUUGGAGUCGUUUACUGGACUGCACUCAGAAAUGGGCGGUCUGUUGCCAUCAAGAAGCUACACGUACCGAGUUUGAUCAAAUCUCAAGAAGAUUUCGACCGUGAGGUGAAGAAACUUGGGAUGAUCAGACAUUCAAAUCUUGUGCUACUUGAAGGGUAUUACUGGACCCCCUCAUUGCAAUUAUUGAUCAAUGAAUAUGUUUCAAGUGGAAGCUUGUAUAAGCAUCUUCACGAGGGAACAUCCGAAAGUACUCUUUCAUGGAGAGAAAGGUUUGAGAUCAUACUCGGUACAGCAAGGGGGUUGUCUCAUUUGCACCAGAUGAAAGUGAUUCACUACAACAUAAAGUCGACAAAUGUUUUGAUUGAUUGUUCGGGUGAAGCUAAAGUUGGAGACUUUGGUUUAGCUGCCCUAUUGCCUUCCUUAGACCGCCAUGUAUUAAGCAGCAAGAUUCAGAGUGCUCUCGGGUACAUGGCUCCUGAGUUCGCGUGUCAAACUGUCAAAAUAACUGAAAAAUGUGACAUUUAUGGAUUUGGGAUCUUGGUACUCGAGAUCAUUACGGGGAAGAAACCUGUAGAGUAUAUGGAGGAUGAUGUGGUCAUAUUGUGUGAUAUGGUUAGAGGAGCAUUGGACAACGCUCGUGCAGACGAAUGCAUUGAUAGAAAGUUGAAUGGUGAUUUUCCAGUCGAGGAAGCUAUUUCACUUAUCAAACUUGGUUUGGUGUGUGCAUCUCAAGUGCCAUCAAAUCGGCCCGACAUGGAAGAAGUGAUCAAGAUUCUUGAGUUGAUUCAAUGCCCUUCUGAAGGCCAAGAAGAGAUAGAAUGAAAAAAAAAAAAUCGUAAAAUGCUGUUGGCAAAGAUGACCGGGGCUUGUGUUUGACAAUAUGCACAACGAGCACAAUUACUCGAGGCACCGUCGGAUCGAGAAUGCAAAAAAUGGGAUCUUUGGUGGGAGCAUUUUGCUGUUAGAUUUUGUUUGAUAUAGCGUUAGGAUCUAUACAUGUGUUUGUUUAAAUUGUCUUUGGUUCUUUGAUUUUUUAUGAAAAUUAUGUUACUGAUGAUCUUUGUUGAGCAGAGUUUUUACCCUUUUGUGGAUAUUUGUUUUAGUUUACAAGAAAUUACAAAUUUACAGAGCAAAUUCGU